AGCCUUAGUGUUAGCAUAGUGUCAUUCAAAGUUAAGUCAGGAACUGAUUCAGACAUACCCACUUAUACUUAGGUACCUUGAAUUUUGAGAAUGGGUGUACCUUAUGAUAUAUCUUGUGAUAACCAUCUCGGGCAGUUGAUGCUCGAAAAGUUAAAACAGCAUCAAGAUUCUAUUUGUCAGAUCGAUGCAGCUACCGGUGAAGAAGAGACAUAUGCCUCAGUGGCAUCUCGAUCAAUUCAGCUUGCUAGAGCCCUCAGAAGGUUCGGCUUAAACCCAGGAGAUGUGCUUGCUCUGGGUGGUAAGAACCAUAUAGAUCUGCACAUUCCAUUCUACGCAGCUCUUUAUAAUGGCUUGCCGAUUGUUGGGGUCGACCCGUUUUACAAAUAUGACGAAGUUCGAACAUUAUUCAAGCUAACUCAGCCUAAAAUAGCAUUCUGUCAAUAUGAAUCUCUCGAUACUUACUCCAAAGCUGCAGCUGAUCUUGGUCUGGAUAUAAAGAUUGUUACUUUUGAACACGGAGAAUGUACGAUGGCAAAAUUUAUUGAUAAAUAUGAUACCGAAGAACCCGAAGAGGAUUUCAGGGUAACAGACUUUGAUACAGACAAAGUAUACGCAUUUUUGGUCAGCACUAGUGGUACCACGGGCAAAGUGAAAGUAGCAGCGUUUAACCACAAGCCUUUUAUACACAAAAUUAAAGGACUUCUAAAACUCUACAAUUACGACAAACAGCCCAAGAAGAGAGUAUUGAACUUGUCUCCAGUGAAUUGGAUAUCAAAUUACUUCAUGUCGGUAGGAGGACCCUUAUUUGGAGACACGAAAUUGCAAUCCUCCAUAUCAGAAGACUAUGACCAUAUUGUUUACAUAAUAAACCAGUAUAAGCCAGUCACGUGUCUGAUGGGACCUUCUUUGGUAACAUAUUUAGUGAGUCGAAAGGGAGAUGUUGACUUGAGUUGUUUCAAAAGCGUUACCAUCACAGGGUCAAAAAUAUUUCCCGAACUGCUGGCUAAAUUCAAGGCUAUUCUUGGAAAGGAUACAUUGGCCGUGGAGGCUUACGGCCAAACAGAGACGAUAGGUUCAGUCCUCGGUCCCAUUCCAAAUGGUCCCAGUGGCAGCUGUGGCAGACCUUUGCCGAUCUACGCUAUCAAGUUAGUGGAUCCAAACACUGGCGCAGAAAUUAAGGAACCUUAUGUAACUGGUGAGUUAUGGAAUAAGGGACCUAGAUUCACGGAAUACUACAACGAUCCAGAAGAAACUGCACUGGCUUUUUCAGAAGAUGGUUUUUUCAAAACAGGAGAUUUACUAUACAGGGAUGAAAAUGACAAUUACUUUUAUGUAGACAGGAUUAAAACUUUAAUUAAGUACCGAAAUUCUCAUAUCUUGCCUUUAGAAGUAGAAGAACUGAUAAGCACACAUCCAGGAGUAAAAGAAGUGUGUGUAGUUGGAAUAAACGAUCCUCUAGAAGGACAAAAGGCAGUAGCUUGCAUAGUGAGAAACGAAGAAUGCCAUGUUACCGCGCAGGAUAUCAAAGACCUCGUGGCAAGUAAACUGUCCAAAAACAAAGAAUUACGUGGUGGUGUAGUGUUCCUGGAUCACUUACCGCUAACGUCAUCUGGAAAACUUGCAAGGAGCAAAGUUCUGCAACUAGUUACUGGUAUGAAGAGAGAAUGAGAAUUGAAAUAAAUUUUAUUUCGACAGAUAUGUUUGGUACUGUAGAAAAAAAAUGUAAACAAGUAGGAUUAGCACCAGAGUUGUAAUAAUCGCAUUGCGAUUGCCACUAUCGCUGUUGUUGGCUAGCGCUCCUUAUAGUAAUGGCGACCGAAUGGUGAGCAAGCAAGUCACGUGUGGACAAAAGUGAAAAGA